CUAUAGCGCAAGUCCGAGCAGUACAGAAGUGUCACAAAUACUUGCCGAAUUCGGCCAUCCUUAUCGACCCACUGCUAACCUCGGCUUCUCUCUUGACGUAGCACGUGCCAAACGUUGAAGCGUUUCUUGACUGUGUUUAGAGGGAUGGCCGCACUCAAGAGGCUAUGAGAACGACUGGGUGGGCCACCACCGCGGGUGGCCACCCCUUUGCGGCCCGGGGAAAGCUGCGAUGUGACCUGGUGACCGCUCGCGCAGCUGCACCACACACGGGCAACACAAAUCGAUCGGAAGCACGGAGCUCCUUGCAAAUACAUGGUCCACCUGCUGCCGCUGAAUCCGCCCUGGUAUCGGUGACGCCGGACGCACUUGUUCGGCCACUGAAGGUCAACGGACAUGCAACACAUGGCAGCAGCGAGCCUGGCAGCGGCCGCAGCAGCACCAGCGCCACGCUAGCCGGGAACACGGAUGCUUGCGGGCUGCUUACAGGCGCACGACCUGUGCCUGCGGACGCUGCGAAGUCUGUCCACAGCCUACAAAUCGCACCGGAGCACUCGUUGGUCCCAGCGGCAAACGGCAGGAGCCACCCACCGGCCGCCACUUCUAGGGACGCACCACCGCUUGUCCGCGGCGCUCCACUCAGAGGGGCGCCAGCGCGGGAAACAGGCGGGCGGGGGCAGGAUGAGGAUGCAGCCGCAGGCGCACCUGCAGCCACAGCAUCGUGGGAGUACGCGCGGACUGCGGAGCAGCAGCACGUGCCGCCAUCGCCUGCCUCCACGUCCUCCGCCUCCGGGUCAUCGGCGUCACUGAACGGCUGGCCGGGUGCUCAUGACAGCGGCGGCGGCGGCAGCGGCGGUGGCCGGGGCGUCGCGUACUUGGGGCGUGGCUCUUCGCGUGUAGCACACAGCUAUAGGCCACAGGAAGAGCUUGAGCAACCCCAGCAACGUCAGCAGCAUACGCAAGCGACCAGCAACUACAGCCCGUCUUCGCGAGGGGCAGGCGGCGGCAGCAGGCAGCCUGGCAUGUCUUAUUUCACUGGCGGAGCCAGCGCUCGCGGCAGCACAGGUCCUGCCAACACCGGCGGAGCAACGAGCGCCGGCGCUAGUGCGGGCGUGUGGCCCAGUGGCGCUGACCUCGUCAAUGCGGGGUUGCUCGCCAAAAUAGACGCCGCGACCAACUGGUACGAGCUGCGCGCAGUCCUUGCAAGCAGCGGCGGUGGGAGCGGCAGCACCAGCACCAGCCACAGCCGCAGCCCUCGUAACGCGGGCGGCGGCGCCGCUUCCGCCACCGCGGCUGCGGCGUCAUCCCCGUCCGCGGCGGCGACGGCGCUGGCAGUGCUGCGCCGGCUGGCGGCGGUCACGCGGUACGACAUGCGGCCGGCCGAGUGCGCCGCCCUCGGCGCCUUCCUCGAGCGGUGGCUGCUGGAGUGCGCUCUGCCGGCGUUGCCGGCCAUGCGCGCCGCCGACCUCGCUGCCGCCAUGCACGCGGUCGCCAAGCUGGCGCGCGCGCUGCCGGCGCCGCCGCCGGCCUGGACCGCCGGCUGGUUCGCGGCGGCGGCGCCGCACCUGCGCGCGGCGGCCUUCCGGCCCAAGGACAUCAGCCUCAGCCUGUGGGCGCUGUCGAAGCUGGCGGCGCGGCCGCCGGCGGGCGGGCUGCAGCUGCUGCUGGCGGCGGCGGAGCCGCACCUGCACCGCUUCAACGCGCAGGACCUAUCGCUGGUGGCCCUGGCGCUGGCGGCGUUGCGCGGCCGAGACGGCGGCGUCAGCAGCGGCAGCGGGAGCGGGGAAGGGAGCACGGAUGGAGAAGGGCGCGGGAGCACGGGAGGUGAGGGGGAGGGGCUGCAGCAGCUGCUGCCGAGUGCCGAGUGGCGCCAGCUGUACCUGGCCCGCGUGGGCGAGGUGGUCCGGCAGGAGGCAGUGGGCGCGCUGGGCAGCAGCACGUCACAGCUCGGCGGUGGCACCAGCAGCUACAGCGGCGGGCGAGGGGGCGACUGUGGCCCGCAGGCGCUCUGCAACCUGUUGCAUGGGCUGGUGCGCUCUGGGCUGUUGUCGUCGUCGGUGCCGGCGCCUCCCGACGCCGACCGGGCACUGCCGCCGGCGGGGUUGGCGGGCACGGACGGGCGCGGCCCGGCGGCGGGGCCCAGCUGGCUUGACGAGGAAGGCGGUGAGGAGUUGGCAAUGGCGGUUGUCGCCAGCGCCACGCUAUCGCCGGUUUCGGCAGCGGUGCUAGCACCAUCACCGUCGUCGCCAUUGGUGGCGGCGGCAGCUGUUGACGCGCGGUGGCUGCUGGAGGACCUGUGUACGGCGCUGUACAGCGUACUGCCGCAGUGCACGCCGCAGGGGCUGGCCAAUGCGUUGUCGGCGCUGGCGGCGGCGGGGCACGUGCCGGACGCGGGGUGGCUGGAGCGCUUCUACAUUGAGAGCGCAGCACGCAUGGACACCGGCAGCAGCAGCGGUAGCAGCGGCAGUAGCAGUGGCUCCGGCAGGGAAGGCGCGGACGGCGCCGACAGUAGCAUUAGCGGCGGAAACGGCAGUAGCAGCAGGUGGUGUAACGCCGAUGACUUGGCGCACAUGGCGGCGGCGGCGGCGGAGCUACGGUUGGCGCCGCCGCGGUGGUGGGCGGCGCGGCUGUACGGAGCCAUGGAGCGGCGGCUGACGCAUGGCGGCGGCGGCUGUAGCGCCCGCCAGCUGUCGCAAAUGCUGCACGGUGCGGCUCAGCUGCACCGGAGCUACGGCCAGCUGCCUCUAGCGCCCGUUGCAUCUAACACCAAGAGCGGUGCAGGUGUCGAUGCACUGGCACCACACGCGGCUGCACCUGUCGUGGCGCCCGCGCCGCCUUGCACCGUCGCCGCCGCCGCCGCGGCGCGGCCGCCGCCGUCCCUCUUGGCCGCCUGGCACCGCGCCGCGGCGGCGGCACUCCCGGGGUUCAAUGCAGUCGACGCCGCGCACAGCUUGUGGGCGCUGGCGGCGCUGGGGGAGCGGCCGCCGCCGGACUGGCUGCAGCGGCUGCUGGUGGGUGUGCGCGGCGCGCUGGUGGCGGCGCCGCCGUCUGAGCUGGCGGUGCUGCUGUGGUCGCUGUCGGAGCUGCGGUUCCGACCCACCUGGUCCUGGAUCGCGGACUGCGUGGAGGCCAGCGCGCCGGGGCUGCCGCGGAUGGAGGGGCAGGACUUCGCCAUGCUGUUAAGCGGCCUGGUGCGGCUGGGCGGCCGCCCCACACCCGAGUGGUCGGCCCGGCUAAUGGCGGCGCUGGCGCCGCGGCUGCGGCGGCUGCGGCUUCGCUCCUUGUCGCAGUGCGUCUGGGCGCUCUACCGCCUGCGCGUGCAGCCGCCGCCAGAGGUGCUGACGCAGCUGGCUGCGGAGCUGCGGCGGCGCUGGCUACAGCAGGCAGCAGCGGCGUCGGCGUCGGCGUCGGCGUCGGCGUCGGCGGCGACUUCGGCAGCAGCCGGGGAGGAGCAGCGGGAGCAGCUACGGCACAGCGUAAUGUUGCUGUGGGUCAUCUCGAUAUGGUUGGGGUCGGAGGGGCGGAAGCACCGGCCGGCAGUGGCGGCAGCGCUGGCCGCGGGCGGGCGCAACGGCGCUGGGCGUGGGCCGGGGGGCAGGCUGACAGGCGCGCCACGGCUUCGGCUGCGGCGGCCGGUGAACGGGAACACAGGGGCAGCGGGGCUGAGCUCUGUUGAACCGCGGUCUCCGGACGUCGCCAUCAAACAGCAGCCGCACAGCGCAGUAGCUGCAGGCCCCCAGACCCACCGCCCACCGGCGCCGGCCUGCCGCCUGAGCAGCCGCAUGCUGCGCCGCCGCCGUGCCGCGCGGCCCGGCCACCUCGCGGCCGCACUUGGUGGCGACGCCGCCGCCGCUGCCGCGCUCCGGCGCAGCCUGGCGUCGCAGCUACUGCCGGCGGCGCUAGCCGCCACAGAGCCGCUGCUGGCGGCGCGGCGCGCGACGGCACAGGACGCGGCGCUGCUGGCGGCGGUGGUGCGGCGGAUGCCCCGACAGGUGCGCCGCGCCGCCGCAACGGCGGCGCCGGCGUGGCCGCAGGCGCUACUGGACGCGACGGAGCCGCUGCUCCCGAGCAUGACACACGCCGGGCUGCUCCAAACACUGGCAGCGGCGAAGCUUCUGCUGCGCGGUAGCGGUAAGGAGCAGGGCGCCGGCGCGGUUGUGGAUGGGCGCUGGGUGGCGGCGGCCGAGCGCGCCGUGGCUGUACAACUGGGCGCGGCGUCGCCGCUUCUGCCGUGUGCCGCCCGAGUGACGCUGCUGCGUCGCUUGACGGCCCUGGGCGCGAGCGGAAGUGCCGCGCGCUUGAACGGCGCGUCCAUGCCGUGUCAGCCCGCAGCUUCCAACGGCAGCAGCAGUAGCAGCAGUAGCGGUAGUAGCUGCGGCUGUGGAACGGCCACGACGCCAGCGGGCGGGAUUCGGACUGUAACCGCGGCGGGGAGCUCCCGGGUGCUGCUGGAUGCGGUGGCGGCGAUGCGCCGCACCGGCACGGUGGCGGAGCCCCUGGUGGCGCUGCAGGCGGCACUGCUACGGGCGCGUGUGCGCCUGCGCAAGCUGCGCGCCGCGCUCCGGGGCGCGCACGCGGCGGCCGCGGCUCGACGUGCCCGGGGUCCGCCUCCUGCGGCUUCGGCGGCCCUUGCGGCGGCCGCGCAGGACGUGGCGGCAGCAACGGAGCUGGCGGUGGCGGCCGCUGCUGGGGCGCAGAGCGCCUGCCGGCCGAAGACACUUGCGGCGGCGCAAUGGCGCGUGCAGGCUGCGGUGGUGGCGGCGACAUAUGCGUUGCUGCCGCCUCGCGGCAGUGGUAGCGGCGGCUUAGCCGACGAGGACGAUGGCGAGGAGGAGGAUGUGGCGGCGCCAGCGGUGCGGGUGAAUGGGGGACGUCAGCCCCUGCCGCCACUGUCGGUAGAGCAGAGGCGCUGGAUCCAAGCUCGCGCGGAGCGGACGGUGGCAGCGCAGCUGCUCGCGGCGGCGCCGCCGGAGCACGUCGCGCAACUGGCCGCGCUUGCGGCGGUGCCGCUGGCGGCCCAGGCUGGGCGCGCCGCCGCCACUGGCGCGUCGCAGCAGGCAGGGGGUCCGUCGCACAGGCGGCGACAGCAGGAGCAAGAAGAAGCUGCGCGAUCCCUGUUGUGGCUGGCUGCUGCCUGCAGCGCCCGGUGGCGGCGCAUGCUGCGGCCGCACCGGGCCCUGGCGGCGCGCUCUUGGCGGGCGGCUCUGGCCUCAUUGGAGCUCAGCUCGCCGGCUCUGGCGCAGCAGCUGGCGGCUGUGCUCCCAGCUGUAGUAAGCGGUGGCGCGCGACCGGGUGGUCAUGGUGCUGGGGGCGCUGGGGACAUGACAGGCGAGUCUGACUGCAAGGCAGCGGCGAGGGCUGCCGUCUGCGCUGAGUUGGCAGCCGCGAGCGGGGUUGUGCUCGAGGCGGCGACGUCAGCGGCCGCCAAUGGGCGGUGAUGCUGGGUCGCCGUGCGAGGUCCGGGACUGUGCACUGCAAGAAUGGAUCGAACGCAAUUUGCUUUGUAUGCUUGACGUGGUGUGUGGAGACUUGGCUUUCCAGGUGCAGGCCACAAUAGACUAGGAGGGACAGCAAGGACUCGCGGCGGCCGAGCAAGUACGGUAUGGAUUGCUCGGGCACCUCAGUUGAUUGCAUUGGUUACACGUUGCGUGGACAGACUGGACAGACACGGAUUGGACUGGACUGGCAGGAAUGUGCUGCCAUGAGCGAUGCGAUGCGUUGAGCGGGUGCACCAGCUGCCUGCAAGCGUGCAAGCCUAGGGUGGAUGGUUAGUCAGAAACGGAUAAUGUUGCUCGGUUUUUGAUAGUUCCAAGUGGGGGGAGCCGCUAAAGGUCCGGGUUCAAACAAGUGCAUAGGGUAGGAAUCAGUGGGUAGGAAUGCAUGGGCGGCUGCGGUGGAUGGAGGUGCGGUGCGCCCUGAAGUCCUGGGAAAGUGUGUCGUCGUGCUCAUGCCCUCUCCAUUAUGCAUUUUCCUAUUCAUCCUGACCGCGUCUUGGGCCCUAUCAAAAGACUUCGUGGCUAUGCCAGGUCCCAGCAGUAACAAGUCGCAAAGUUAUGGCUCAGAGUAGGCUCAGCGGGCUGCAUUCUCAAACCGGCUUGCGGGCCCUUGAUUGACUCGUGGACUCGCCAAGAGUGUCACGGUUUUGAAAGCGAGGCGGGCCGGCUCCGCGCUUUGCAAGCACUCCUACCGAAACUUU